AUGGCUGAUUGGUCUACUGGUAUCAUUCUCGCUUCGGGUGCGAGAGGCCACGGUUUCGAUCACCGGCUGAGCCCUAUUUUCCAGCGCGCUUAUGCGGAAAGACGCGUUUUAGACUUUUUUACUUCAUACCUGAUUACCAGCCGCGGAGUUGGAGCCCGUGUAGCUCAGUUGGUAGAACAUCAGAGUUUUAAUCUGAGGGUCGUAUGUUCAAGUCCCACGAAAUACGAACGUCAGAUUCUCACAGGAUUGUUCCACAACCGAGAACGAUACGGCGGAGUUUUUAAAGCGAUGGACUUUCAGUCCAUUCUAGUUUCCCGGCGUGAGUUGAAAUCUCAUCGUGGCCGGCUAGCAGCUGGAGGCCGUCUAGCUCAGUUGGUAGAACAUCAGACUUUUAAUCUGAGGGUCGUGGGUUCGAGUCCCACGGUUUCCGCGCGUGAACUCGAAUCUCAUCGUGGCUAG